AUGGGAAUGGCUUGCCUUACAAUGGCAGAAAUGGAAGGAACAUCUGUGUCUGUGCAUCAGAAUGGUGAUAUUCCUGGAAAUGCUAAUUCUGUAAAGCAAGUAGAUCCAGUCCUACAGGUGUAUCUUUAUCAUUCCCUUGAGAAAGCUGAAGGAGAUUACCUGAAGUUUCCAACUGGGGAGUAUGUUGCGGAAGAAAUUUGUGUUGCUGCUUCUAAAGCUUGCGGAAUCACACCUGUGUAUCACAGUAUGUUCGCUUUAAUGAGUGAAACAGAAAGAAUCUGGUAUCCCCCCAACCAUGUCUUCCAUAUAGAUGAAUCAGCCAGGCACAGUGUACUCUACAGAAUAAGAUUUUACUUUCCUUACUGGUAUUGUAAUGGCAGCAACAGAACCUAUCGGCAUGGAAUAUCUCGAGGUGCUGAAGCUCCUCUUCUUGAUGACUUUGUCAUGUCUUACCUUUUUGCUCAGUGGCGGCAUGACUUUUUGCAUGGAUGGGUAAAAGUACCUGUGACUCAUGAAACACAGGAAGAAUGUCUUGGGAUGGCAGUGUUAGAUAUGAUGAGAAUAGCCAAAGAAAAGGAUCAAACCCCACUGACCAUCUAUAGCUCUAUCAGCUACAAGACAUUCUUACCAAAAUGUGUUCGAGCAAAGAUCCAAGACUAUCAUAUUUUGACAAGGAAACGAAUAAGGUACAGAUUUCGCAGAUUUAUUGAGCAAUUCAGCCAUUGCAAAGCCACUGCCAGAAACUUGAAACUUAAGUAUCUUAUAAAUCUGGAAACUCUUCAGUCUGCCUUCUACACAGAGCAAUUUGAAGUAAAAGAACCUGGAAGAGGUCCUUCAGGUGAGGAGAUUUUUGCAACCAUUAUAAUAACUGGAAACGGUGGAAUUCAGUGGUCAAGAGGGAAACAUAAAGAAAGUGAGACACUGACAGAACAGAAUUUACAGUUAUAUUGUGAUUUUCCUGAUAUUAUUGAUGUGAAUAUUAAGCAAGCACACCAAGAAGGCUCAAAUGAAAGCAGAAUUGUAACUAUCCAUAAGCAAGAUGGUAAAACUCUGGAAAUUGAACUUAGCUCAUUGAGAGAAGCUUUGUCUUUUGUGUCAUUAAUUGAUGGAUAUUAUAGAUUAACUGCAGAUGCACAUCAUUACCUCUGUAAAGAAGUAGCACCUCCAAUGGUGCUUGAAAAUAUACAAAGCAACUGUCAUGGCCCAAUUUCAAUGGAUUUUGCCAUCAGCAAGCUGAAGAAAGCAGGUAAUCAAACUGGACUCUAUGUACUUCGAUGCAGUCCUAAGGACUUUAAUAAAUAUUUUCUGACUUUUGCUGUCGAGCGAGAAAAUGUCAUUGAACAUAAGCACUGUUUGAUUACAAAAAAUGAGAAUGGAGAAUACAACCUAAGUGGGACUAAGAAGAACUUCAGUAGUCUUAAAGAUCUUUUGAAUUGCUAUCAGAUGGAAACUGUUCGCUCAGACAGUAUAAUUUUCCAGUUUACUAAAUGCUGUCCCCCAAAGCCAAAAGAUAAAUCAAACCUUCUAGUCUUCAGAACCAAUGGUGUUUCUGAGGUACCGACCUCACCAACAUUACAGAGGCAUAAUAAUGUGAACCAAAUGGUGUUUCACAAAAUCAGAAAUGAAGAUUUGAUAUUUAAUGAAAGCCUUGGCCAAGGCACUUUUACAAAAAUUUUUAAAGGUGUAAGAAGAGAAGUAGGAGACUAUGGUCAACUGCAUGAAACAGAAGUUCUUUUGAAAGUUCUGGAUAAAUCACAUAGAAACUACUCAGAGUCUUUCUUUGAAGCAGCAAGCAUGAUGAGCCAGCUUUCUCACAAAUAUCUGGUUUUAAAUUAUGGAGUGUGUGUCUGUGGAGAGGAGAAUAUUCUGGUUCAGGAGUUUGUAAAAUUUGGAUCACUAGAUACAUAUCUGAAAAAGAAUAAAAAUUCUAUAAAUAUAUUAUGGAAACUUGAAGUAGCUAAACAGUUGGCAUGGGCCAUGCAUUUUCUAGAAGAAAAAACCCUUAUUCAUGGGAAUGUGUGUGCCAAAAAUAUUCUACUUACCAGAGAAGAAGACAGGAAGACAGGAAAUCCUCCUUUCAUCAAACUUAGUGAUCCUGGCAUUAGUAUUACAGUUUUGCCAAAGGACAUUCUUCAGGAGAGAAUACCAUGGGUACCACCUGAAUGCAUUGAAAAUCCUAAAAAUCUAAACUUGGCAACAGACAAAUGGAGUUUUGGUACCACUUUGUGGGAAAUUUGCAGUGGAGGAGAUAAGCCUCUGAGUGCUUUGGAUUCUCAAAGAAAGCUACAGUUUUAUGAAGAUAGGCACCAGCUUCCUGCACCAAAGUGGACAGAAUUAGCAAAUCUUAUCAAUAGUUGUAUGGAUUACGAACCAGAUUUUAGACCUUCUUUCAGAGCCAUCAUACGUGAUCUUAAUAGUUUGUUUACUCCAGAUUAUGAGCUGUUAACAGAAAAUGACAUGUUACCAAAUAUGAGGAUAGGUGCCCUAGGGUUUUCUGGUGCUUUCGAAGACCGAGACCCUACGCAGUUUGAAGAGAGACACUUGAAAUUUCUACAGCAACUUGGCAAGGGUAAUUUUGGGAGUGUGGAGAUGUGCCGUUAUGACCCUCUACAAGACAACACUGGGGAGGUGGUGGCUGUGAAAAAGCUCCAGCACAGUACUGAAGAGCACCUCAGAGACUUUGAAAGGGAAAUUGAAAUCCUUAAAUCCCUGCAGCAUGACAACAUUGUAAAGUACAAGGGAGUGUGCUACAGUGCUGGCCGGCGUAAUCUAAGAUUAAUUAUGGAAUAUUUACCAUAUGGAAGUUUACGAGACUAUCUCCAAAAACAUAAAGAACGGAUAGAUCAUAAAAAACUUCUGCAGUACACAUCUCAGAUAUGCAAGGGUAUGGAAUAUCUUGGUACAAAAAGAUAUAUCCACAGGGAUCUGGCAACAAGGAAUAUAUUGGUGGAAAAUGAAAACAGAGUUAAAAUUGGAGAUUUUGGGUUAACCAAAGUCUUGCCACAAGACAAAGAAUACUACAAAGUGAAAGAACCUGGUGAAAGUCCCAUAUUCUGGUAUGCUCCAGAAUCACUGACAGAGAGCAAGUUUUCUGUGGCCUCAGAUGUUUGGAGCUUUGGAGUGGUUCUGUAUGAACUUUUUACAUAUAUUGAGAAGAGUAAAAGUCCACCAGCGGAAUUUAUGCGUAUGAUUGGCAAUGACAAACAAGGACAGAUGAUUGUGUUUCAUUUGAUAGAACUCCUGAAGAAUAAUGGAAGAUUACCAAAACCAGAUGGAUGCCCAGAUGAGAUUUAUGUGAUCAUGACACAAUGCUGGAACAACAAUGUAAAUCAGCGCCCCUCUUUCAGAGACCUAGCUCUUCGAGUUGAUCAAAUAAGGGACAACAUGGCUGGAUGAAAGAAAAGAACUUCACGCUGAGACCAAAAUAGACUUACAGAACCAAGUUUUGCAUUUCACAUUGCCCUGGACUAUUAUUACGUAUAUCAUUUUGUGUAUAUCAUGAUGCUAGCCAGCAAAGAUGUGGAAAUACCUGCUCAAAACUUUCAAAGUUUAUUGAGUUUUUCUUCAUGAGGAUACCAGUUAAAGACAUUGAUGAAAAGUCCUUAGCAAAGAAUGCUGUAAAAAGUUUCAUGAACCUAAUCAGUCAGUUAAGUCACCUUUCUUUGACAAAAGAAAAAAAAUAGACUUUUCUCAACUCAGAAUUUUAAGAGAUGAAAAAAAUUGUCUUGUAAAUUUUGCCAAGUUAAAAAUGCAUAGAAAUAUGUAUGUACAGUUUUUACCACAGUGAAUGUAUAAUACUCUGACACCUUGUGUGAUGUUUUACACAAGGGCUAGUGUUCACUAAUGAUGUUUUCUAAUUUUUCCAUAGUCAAUCUACAGUAACUUCUCUAUACAGACAAAUUAAGAUGCUCAGAUAAUUGAAUAAGCACCUUUGUGUCCUUGUUCAUCUAUAUCACUGGCCAGCAAUAUAAGCAGGUGUAUACUUUUAGCUUGUUGUUCUAUGUACUGUAAAUGUUUUUCAAAGCAAAGGGAACAAAUGUUUAGUUUUAUUUGUAUAGGAAAUUUCCCUAACCCUAAAGAAUACAUUUUGAAAUGGAACAAGUUUACAAAGAUAUAACACAAUCUAUUUUCUUAUUUGUCUCUCUUGUAUCUGUUUGUGGUGAGUAUGCUUUUUAAAUAGAACUAUAUACAAGUUUUUCUAAGACUACAGUGAAUAGUUUUCUUUUAAAAUUUUGAGAUUACGAAUGCCAAGAAUAUUGUCAUCCCUUGAACCAUUGGCUGCCAACAAGAUUCUUCAAUCCCUGGGACCUGUGGUCAUGCAUUAAAUUUGAAUGUAAGCCGUAAAA